AUCAACCUGGUCAAUCAGAAACUUCUAAACCAUCAGGAAUUCCACCUACCACCUCAUCCUGAAUAUCCUAGUACAACAGGAAUUUCUGGCAGUCCUGGUAUUCCAGGCUCAUCCGGAUAUCCUGGUACGCCAGGAAUACCUGAUAUUCCUGGAAAACCUGGCAAACCUGGUAUACCUGGUAAACCUGGUAAACCUGGUUCUCCUACCCCAUCUCAUCCUGGAUAUCCCGGUAUUCCCAGCAUUCCCGAAACACCUGGAUAUCCUGGAUAUCCUGGAACAUCUGGUUAUCCAGGCACGCCCGGACAACCUGGUCAUCCUGGAACAUCUGGAACACAACUACAACCUGAAUAUCCCGGAAUUUCCAAUAAACCUGAUAAACCUGGUAAACCUGGCAAACCAAGCAAACCGAGUCAUCAUGGCUCUCCUGGUACUUCCAAGCCAGGUCAGCCCGAAUAUCCGCCAUACCCAGGAUAUCCUCUCGCACCUGGUGGUCCAUCUGGUGGCAUAGGUCCUGACGGCCCUAACGGUCCAUGGCCUAAUGGUUCGAUCGGUCCUCAAGGUCCAGGCGGACCUGAAGGUCCAGGUGGCCCUGAAGGUCCAGGUGGUCCCGAAGGUCCGGUUGGUGGAGUAGGAGGAAUAGGUGGUGAUGGACCGCCUGGUCCUGAUGGCCCAUGGCCGACAGGAUCCCCUGGUCCGGAUGGGCCAUGGCCUGGUGACCCGGAUUACGUUCCUGGUGUUGCUCCAACAACACGACCUCGAUAUGAAGGGCCAAUCAAAGUUCAAUAUCCCAUUAAAUAUUACGAACCUACAACGCCAACGACUGUUGAUAACCAUUCAUUUUUUGGUCAGAAGCAGCUAGACCGACUAUCUUCUAAGUACAAUUCGGAAUAUAUUAAUAAUCACACUCUUAAUGAAAAUUACGAAAAAAAUGUUGAGUCCACAGUGUUAGCGUAUCCAACAAAAAUAAGUACCUUCGGUUUAAAGGAUGAUCAGUUCAGGAAAGACCAAUCAAGAACGCGUGGUUAUCAGCAAGGACAAGUGAAUCAAAACGCGGAUGAAAUUAAUUCCUUGAUGUAUACACGACGAAAAGAAUCACGUAAAUAUAAGGAAGAGGAAGAACAAAGCAAAUACGAGGAUGUUCAAAAAGUGAUAUCGCAAACUUCUCAGACCACUACUGGCGUUAAAUAUCCUAGUCGAGGAAGAUUCCAAGGUUCCCGCGAAAACCGUAAAUAUCCCCAAGAAAUCAUUAAAGUGAGUGAACCGGUGAUUCAAAUAGAGACAGAUCGCGGACAACAGGCCAAUGUAAAGUAUCAACCACCAAAUGGAAAUCAUGUCGCGUUCGCGAAACAGGUAAACCAAUUGUCAGAACAAUCUAUCGAAUCAAAGCCCGAGCUCGUCGCGAUCGGCGUUCAUCCACCGAACACGAUCAACAUCAAGCCCUACCAGCAAUCUAUAGGGCCAGAUCCGCAAACCUGUCCCUGCUAUCUUGUCGAGCCGAGCAAUAAUACAGCAACCACCACGAGCACGACAUCCAUUCCUCUGAUUGGUCAGCUUGGCUUCAUUCCCGUGGUGUUUGUACCGUACUGUCCAGGCGACGAUGUGACGGACAACACUCAAAACAUGAAAGACAUGUUCCCCUCCGCAAUGCCUGUCCCAUAUGCAUGCGACGCAUGCGAUUCUCAAAACGGGAGAGUCGAGACGAAGCUUGUCAGCCUAAAUCAGCUUGGCAAUAUAGAGAAUCUUCGCGAGGCGUUGCGGCAAGCGAAACUUGGCUUUUUAAAUGUUUCAGCACGCGGUCAAACCGAAAGGAGAAGGGCAAAGUUACGGAACGUCAAAUGAAGAGUGUGAUUGCAAUUCACGGAUUGUAAAUCGUUACUCGAUUACGAAAGAAACCACGCGUUCGCGUAGUACGAACGAUUCGUAAAAUGAUCAAACGGUGCCCGUCCAUUAGCUGCUGGACAGCUGACGGAUGGCCAAAAGGAACAAGGUCAAAAGCCAAUAAGGGAUAAAUCAUCGUCUCAGAAGGUAAUCAUGAUCUGUGCGUUCUUGUAAAAUCAGAUAGAAAGGUAAUUAAUUGUGAAAGUUAUAGGCAAUUUGCGAUAAGC